AUCCACAGACUUGCUGGGUAUAGGGGUGUGCGUCUAUAGAGGGAAAACUCGUUGCAAUAUUAAACAGACACAACGACGUAGGUCCUUAUACGAGCUGACAUCUUUGGAUAGAUCAAUGGCAGAGUCUGCCUAACUCUCAGCCGCACCGCGAGAAAGUCUGCUUCCAUUGGUUGAGAACAGACAGAGGAAGUCCCACCGAGUGAUCAUAUUCUGAUUUUACCCCCUUCAACGAUAUUUGAAUCUGCUGGAGUGCAACUGAACGACAAGGGAACAGUUCUCAGUUUAGGAAAGCACAAGAGCCAAGAUGGAUGUUUUUAUGAAGGGGUUGUCUAAAGCCAAAGAAGGCAUGGCAGCAGCCGCGGAAAAGACCAAGGAAGGGGUAGCAGUCGCGGCAGAGAAGACCAAGGAAGGGGUCAUGUAUGUGGGUUCAGUGACCAAAGAUAGUGUCGCAACUGUGGCUGAGAAGACGAAGGAGCAAGCCUCGCAGCUAGGGGGCGCUGUCAUGUCUGGUGCUGGAAACAUCGCCGCUGCCACAGGCUUGGUGAAAAAAGAGGACUUCCCUGCUGACAUGAAGCCAGAGGAGCUGGGACAGGAGGCAGUGGAGGAGCCGCUGGAGGAGCCCCUGCUGGAGCCUGAGGGGGAGACAUACAAGGAGGCCCCCCAGCAGGAGGAGUACCAGGACUAUGAACCGGAGGCAUAAAAUCAACUAUCGCAAGUUUUCAUUUGACCAGCAGCACAAUAAAGAUUCUAAGAUAACAAAUAAGGACAAACGCUGAAACCCACACAGAAACCGCUCUUGCAAAAAAAAAGAAAAAAGAAAUGUAAAAUUUUCUCACGGAUAUGUUCUUCCUGAAAGAGUAAAAAAGAAGCAAAUCUUUUAAUAAUAAUAUCUUGUAAAUGUCAUGUUUCUUCUGUAUCGUGUUUGUUGUAGUUGUUUAUUGAAUGCCUGCUUAGCCGGAUCUCGUUUCUUUGUUUCCCUCCCAAAGACAUGAGACCCGAGCUGUUUGUGUUUGUGUAUCCGUGUGUAUGGUGUAGGUGUUUCUCAUUGUCCAAUAAGAAUGAGAGGACAGAAGACCCUCUGGGACCGUAUACAAGAACAAUAAUCCUAUAUAGCUGUGUACAAUGCCUGUGUGUUGGAUUUCUUUUUUCAGUUACUAAUGAAUCAGGUGUUUAUUGGAUGUUUCACAUGUUGGGUUUUUAUACAUGGUAUCUUUACAGUUGCUCGUGAAAUCAUUCCUGUGAAAAAAAAUCUAUUAGAUAUGGGCAAAAAAUGUGUAUGUAUAUAUGUGUGUG